CUAUGACAUAUCUUUUGUACGCUCCGAAGAUGCUAAAAUAUAGUAGGCGUCCUACAUAGUGAGAACACUAUAAGGUAUGUUUUCAUAUACAAAACUCAUAAAUAAACAAACCCUUUGAAGUUUGAACCAAGAAGCAGCUUCUCUCUCCACGGUUAUGCAUUAGGGACUGUACGUACUUGCGUUGUUGGAGGAGAAGAGAAACAAACGAAGGGAAUCUACUGGGAAACGCUGGCUUAAUUUUGAGAGCUGUUUUUGAAGUUACAAUGAAGAGGGUGGUGAGGAAAAGCUGGGAUGAAUCCAAGCAGAUAUGGCGCAUCGCGACGCCGACGAUACUAACGGCGGUGUUGCAGUUCGCGAUCGGUGUCAUCACCGUCGCCUUCGUCGGUCAUAUCGGAGAGCUCGAGCUCGCCGCCGUUUCCGUCGUCACGAACGUCGUCGAAGGCUUCGCUUACGGGGUCCUGCUAGGCAUGGGAAGUGCCUUGGAGACACUUUGUGGCCAAGCAGUCGGUGCAGGACAAUUCCAAAUGCUUGGUAUCUACAUGCAAAGAUCAUGGAUCAUAUGUGGAGUCACAGCACUGGUGUUGACACCAGUCUAUGUGUUCACCUCACCAAUGUUAAAGCUUCUUCACCAAUCUGAAGACAUCUCUGACGUCGCGGGAAAGUAUACUAGAUGGGCAAUCCCUCAGUUAUUUGCUUAUGCCAUGAACUUCCCUCUGCAGAAAUUUUACCAAUCUCAGACCAAGGUCUGGGUCAUGACGGCGAUAGCCGGAGUAGUUCUCGCUAUCCAUGUUUUGCUGAAUUGGGUUUUUGUUACGAAGCUCGGUUACGGCUUAUUCGGUGCGGCGAUGGUCGGAAAUGUCUCGUGGUGGCUUAUUAACUUGGCUCAAUUUGUCUAUUUGGUUUCGGGCUUUUUCCCUGAAGCUUGGACAGGCUUUUCGUUGGCGGCGUUUAAGAACUUGGCGGCAUUUGUGAAACUCUCACUUGCAUCAGCCAUAAUGCUAUGCUUGGAGCUUUGGUAUUACACUGCAGUGAUCAUCAUGGUGGGUUUAUUGGAGAAUCCUGAGACUCAAGUUGGAGCUAUUUCAAUCUGCAUGAACUACCAACUAUGGGCACUGAUGGUUGCAUUAGGUUUCAAUGCUGCAGUCAGUGUAAGAGUAUCAAAUGAACUUGGAGCAAAUCAUCCUAAAGCUGCAAAAUUCUCUGUUAUUAUUGCGGUUUCUACGUCAGCCUUCAUCGGGCUAAUCUUUAUGAUUAUAGUUCUCGUCGAAAGGAAGCAACUGCCGAAGUUCUUCACAGAUGUACCUGAAUUGAUAAGAGAAACCUCUAAAUUGGGGUAUCUUCUCGGUGCUACGAUAUUUCUCAAUAGUGUUCAGCCUGUACUCUCUGGAGUGGCAAUAGGAGCAGGGUGGCAAUCCUUGGUUGCAUUCAUAAACAUUGGGUGUUACUAUUUUGUUGGUUUACCUCUAGGAGCUAUUUUUGGCUUCAAGCUUAAGCUCAAUGCACUAGGUAUUUGGGUGGGGAUGUUAGUUGGUACACUGUUGCAAACAGUUAUUCUGGUUGUAAUCACCUUCAGAACUAAAUGGCAAAAAGAGGCGAUGUUAGCGGAAGAGCGGAUCAGAGUAUGGGGAGGACAAGUUGAGAUCCAGCCAAAUCCGGGAACAGGAAAGUAGUGCAGAGACUACAGAGUCAGAUUUAUUCCUGAAAAAACAGAAAAGAAAAGAAACAGAGAGGCUGCAGAAUACAAUCUUCGAUUGAAGAUAGGAGUUAUUACACCUUGUUUCAUUGUUUAUCACACUGGAAAUAUAAAUUUAAUUGUCAUGACCCGACAAAUGAGAAUGAAUACUGUUCUUGCAAAGCUAGAAAUAUGAGUGUUCAUCUGAUCUUAAAAAGAUUAUUGGAUUAAAUGGUCUCCCCAAAAGUAAAUAUGAGUAUUCAUCCGAUCUUAAAAAGAUUAUUGGAU